GUUUCUCCUGUGGUACAGGGUGUAAUCCAUAAGAUAAAUCUUUAUUUGUCCCACAGUGGCGAAAUUUCCACACUGCAGGAGGACACGAAUAAUAUAAAAAUAAAAAAAAAACAUUACAGUUAUUACAGAAUGUAUGAUUUAAUAAGUUUAAGAAUAGAAACGAAUGUACACAUAAGCACAUAAUAAUACAGGAAUUGCACUUUGGCGUCAUUGCACGAGUGUUAAAAGGUAAACACGGUUGAAAACAUUCAGAGGUACCCUUCAGUUCUAAACAUUGCUUAACAGACUCCACAAUAUUUAACCACAAUGUAUCUGUUAUUACAGAAUGUGUGUGAGUCCGGUUCUUUUUCACGUCACUACCUUUUGGGACAUUGCUUUAGUCUAAGCCGUGACCUGUUCAAUAUGGCGGCACAGAUAUGCCAACUCGGAACAGGAAGCUGGAAUGCCGUUGCGCCUGCGCAGUAGUACACCCCAGGUCCCUGUAAAGAUGUCUGAGCAGGCGGGGAGGGAGCGGGACGGAGUACCAGAAACAAGCGUACAGAACCUACAACCUUCUGCAAUUUAACCAGUCAAGUUGAUGAUCUAGCUGAAAUGUCCAAUGACAGCCAGGGAACUGUGAAGAGCGAGGCGGUUACCAUGCUUUCUCCCUCUGGCUCCUCUCAGGGACCACCCCUUUCUCCGCCCCUAAAAACUCCUGAGCUUCCAGAUGAACUGGUCCAGGCAGGCUGGUCUAAGUGCUGGUCACGGAGGGAGAACCGACCAUAUUAUUUCAACAGAUUCACCAAUCAGAGCCUGUGGGAGGUUCCAGUUCUGGGUCAACAUGAUGUCAUUUCUGACCCACUGGGUCUGAAUGCAGCCCCAGCGGAGGCAGGAGAGGGUAACCUUGGUAAUGGUCAGAGGAAAAGGAGGAGCUCUGAAGAACAAGGGAUGGGGCCUAACAGUUUUAAACGCGCUAAGGUGGAGCCCACUACACCCAUCUCUCCAAGUACCCCUGGGGUCAAACCUUGGAGUUCCGCCCCAGAGGACAAACAGGUUCAACCAGCCAUGCCUACCACUCCAAGUCCUGCCCCUGCGCCAUACAGGCCAUCUAUAAUCUACUGGGACUUGGACAUUCAGACUAACGCUGUGAUUAGAGAGCAGCCACCAGCCAACCUCCUGCCCCCCCACCCUGAGAUUGAACUACAGAGAGCUCAGCUGGUCACCAAACUGAGACAGCACUACCACGAGCUGUGUCACCAGAGAGAAGGUAUUGAUCCGCCCCGGGAGUCAUUUAAUCGUUGGCUACUGGAGAGGAAAGUGAUCGAUAAAGGUCAUGACCCUUUAUUGCCAAGUGACUGUGACCCUGUCAUUUCCCCGUCCAUGUUCAGAGAGGUCAUGAACGACAUCCCUAUCAGGUUGUCUCGCAUCAAAUACAAAGACGAGGCCCGGAAGUUGCUGUUUAAAUAUGCUGAAGCUGCCAAGAAGAUGAUUGACUCCAGGAAUGCUAGUCCAGAAAGCAGGAAGGUGGUGAAGUGGAACGCAGAAGACACCAUGAACUGGCUGCGCCGAGAUCAUUCUGCCAGCAAGGAAGACUACAUGGACCGUCUGGAACACCUGAGGCAGCAGUGUGGCCCUCAUGUGACUGCCGUUGCCAAAGACUCUGUGGAGGGGAUCUGCUCCAAGAUCUACCAGCUGUCUACAGAGUAUAGUCGGAGGUUAAGACAGACACACCUGAGCCUGCUACAGGAUCCGCCCACAGCAGAAGUAUGUACAUCACCGCCACAGUCCCGGCUGGUCUACUGUUACCCCAUGCGACUUGCCACCCCCUCACCUCCUGUUCCUCGAGUGGAGCUGCACUUUGAGAAUGAUGUGGCCUGUCUGCGUUUUAGGGGAGAGAUGGUCAAAGUCAACAGAGGCCACUUCAGUAAACUGGUCAGUAGUGAGCUCAAUGAGAGAUGCUUCAGGUCCUGCUGGUGUAUGUACUUACUUUGUCACUUUUUGACAACGUUUCAUAAUAAAAGACAUCCAUACUUUUGGAGGCACUGGAAAUGUUUAAACUUCACCUGCCCCUGUAUGUUUACUUCUGAUCAGGAGCUGUUGUACAGGUACAGCUGUGUCGAUGAUCCUCGCUUUGAGAAGUUUUUGUCCAGAGUGUGGUGCCUCCUAAAGAGAUACCAGGUGAUGUUUGGCAGCGGGGCUAACGAGGGGACAGGCCUGCAGGGAGCGCUUCCGAUCACUGUGUUUGAAGCGUUAAAUCGACAGUUUGGAGUUUCUUUUGAAUGUUUCGCAUCACCACUCAACUGCUACUUCAAACAGUUCUGUUCCGCUUUCCCUGAUACAGAUGGGUUCUUCGGAUCUCGAGGGCCAUUCCUGUCUUUCUGUCCAGUCAGUGGCUCAUUUGAAGCCAACCCUCCAUUCUGUGAAGAGCUGAUGGACACUAUGGUCACACACUUUGAGGAGCUGUUGGAUCAGUCCUCCGAGCCUCUGUCCUUCAUCGUCUUUGUCCCUGAGUGGCGAGACCCUGUGACCCCAGCCCUCACCCGUAUGGAGGAAAGCCGGUUCCUUCGUCACCAGCUCAGCAUCCCAGCCUAUGAACAUGAGUAUCGUUCUGGGAGCCAGCACAUCUGCAAGAGAGAUGAAAUGUACUAUCGGGCAGUGCAUGGUACUGCAGUACUCUUCCUUCAGAACAAUGCCGGUUUUGCAAAGUGGGGUCCAACUCCAGAGCGUCUGGCAGAGCUGACGGCAGCGUACCGCCCUUCCUCCUCCCGUACAUCCUCCUUAUCCUCUCCUGGCCCUGCCCACGUUACACCAGGAGACAAAGACUCCACCCCCAACACCUCUGAUAGGACACAGAGUAGUGUGAUGUCACCAGGUGAUCAUGAUGACAACAACAACAACAACAACAACAACAGCAACAACAGCAGCAGCAGCAGCAGCAGCAGUCCUCGAGACAAGAUGCCCACCAUAUAGAAGUGACUGUGUGACAAUGCAUCCUCCCCUGUACGACAAGUGUUUAAAUUUUCCGUUGUGAUUUUCUUGUUUGUUCGUCACCAGCACUUGUAGCACAUGUCAGAUUCUUUCAGCUUACUCACAAGGCUGCUGCCACCAUGGGGGAUGGUUCAUGCUGCCAGCUCUCCAACCAGUAAGAGACGGAAUAGACAUUGUGGAGCUGCAAUAAACGUCUCACUCACCU